CCUCGCUAGAUCGUGUGGGGCAGCACAAAGUUACUGCUCGGGCGUCAGGUGUUUACACGAUUGGCGUGCUGUACUUUUUGUCAAUCUCGUGGUUCUGCCUCUGGAUCGGAAUACCUCCGGCGAUGGACACAGCCAGGACGGUUGGUGUCGAAGCAGCCAUGCGGAGGAGAAGGCAUUGACGUCUAAUCGCUGGUAGGAGGGGGUGGAGGAGGGGGCGGUGAUCAUGGCCAUGCGGGGCGCACGGGGCACCCCCACGGGGCUGCCCCAGGCCAUGAGCCCCGAGAGCGCGCUGGCCUCGGACAUCUUCGACCAGUUCGUGUCCGCCGGCACCUUCAAGACGGCCCUGUCCACCUACCGGCAGAUGUGCGACGUGCUUCAGUUGAGCCCGGCGCCGCUGCCGGUGUUCUACCCGCGGCUCAAGGUGAAGCUACGAUCCUGGCGAGCCGCCUCGCUUUGGGCCAAGCUGGACAAGCGGGCGGCCCACAAAUGCUACAACCGGGGGAAAGCCUGUGCGGGCAUGCGGGUUCUAAUCAUCGGAGGUGGUCCGUGUGGCCUCCGCACGGCCAUCGAGGCGCAGCUUUUGGGCGCCAAGGUGGUUGUGCUGGAGAAGCGGGACCGCUUCUCGCGCAACAACGUCCUUCACCUGUGGCCCUUUGUCAUCCAUGACCUUCGCAGCCUUGGGGCCAAGAAAUUUUUUGGAAAGUUCUGCGCGGGCUCCAUCGACCACAUCAGCAUCAGGCAGCUACAGCUGAUACUCCUCAAGGUCGCGCUCCUCCUGGGGGUCGAAGUACACGAGAACGUGACCUUCAAGGAUCUUCUCGAGCCACCCGAAGACCAAAGCAUGGAAAAAAUCGGGUGGCGUGCUCAAGUACUUCCUGCUGAUCAUCCUGCGUCUCAGUACGAGUUCGACGUGCUGAUUGGCGCGGAUGGGAAACGAAACACGCUCAAGGGCUUCAACCGGAGGGAGUUCCGGGGCAAGCUAGCAAUCGCCAUCACCGCCAACUUCAUGAAUCGGCACACUCUGGAGGAAGCACGGGUACAGGAAAUCUCGGGGGUGGCCUUCAUCUUCAACCAGAGGUUCUUUCAGGAUAUGAAAGAGAGCACGGGCAUCGAUUUGGAGAACAUUGUAUAUUAUAAGGAUGACACGCACUACUUCGUUAUGACUGCCAAGAAGCAGAGCCUGCUGGAACGCGGAGUCAUCGUUGAUGACUACAGCGACACGGCGCGGCUACUAUCGCCUGACAACGUAGACCGGAGUGCCCUCAAGGAGUAUGCGAGGGAUGCUGCUGACUUUGCCACGGGCUACGCGCUGCCCUGCCUGGAAUUCGCCGUCAACCACUACGGUCAGCCGGACGUGGCCAUGUUCGACUUCACCUCUAUGUACGCCGCAGACAAUGCUAGUCGUCUUCUCGAACGGCACGGCCAUUGGUUGCUUCAGGGGCUCGUUGGAGACAGUCUUCUGGAGCCUUUCUGGCCUACGGGAUCGGGUUGUGCUCGGGGCUUCCUGAGCUCCCUGGACGCUGCGUGGAUGAUUCGUUCGUGGGCGGCCAACAGGGAUUCCCCACUGCACGUUCUCGCCGAGCGGGAAUCCAUCUACCGGCUGCUGGCGCAAACGACGCCCGAGAACCUGAGCAAGGACAUGGCCGAGUACAGCCUCAACCCGAGCUCGCGGUACCCGAACCUGAACCUGCAGACGGUGCUGCCGUCUCAGGUGCGCCCCCUGUGUCGCACCGACACCGAAAUCAAGCUUCCACCCCCAGGACCACGGUUACUCACCGACAUGCAGCGCAAGCGGCGGCGCAGAGACUCCAUCAUCCAUCCAGAUGCGCUUCUCUCGUGGUGUCAGAGGCAAGUGGCGCUGUACAGUAAGAUCAAGAUUGAGAACAUGACUUCCUCCUGGAAAGACGGCCUAGCGCUGUGUGCCAUCCUGCAUCGGUAUCGGCCAGACCUCAUUGACCUCGACGAGCUGUCGACUGCUGACGUGGCCGCAAACAAUCAACAGGCCUUUGACAUCCUGGAGCGCGAGUAUGGCAUCCCACCUGUCAUGACUGGCCAGGAGAUGGCCGACUGCGUCGUGCCCGACAAGCUGACCAUGGUGUCCUACAUCUCCCAGAUCUAUGAGACGUUCCGGCGGGAGAUCCCCCAGGGUCGCCCCGCUUACAAGGUCAGCAAGCUCAUUGAGGAGAACCAGCCGCCGCCGGCCUCGCCACUGAACCUGCUCGCCAAGCUCACUUCCUCCCAGAGACCAGCGAGCAAGCGGAAGUCUUCGAGCGAACACGAACCAAUCAAGGACCGCAGUGACGGUCAGCGCCGUAGCAGGGUCUCAGUCACAAGAAGUCGGCGGAGCCGGGACCGGGUCGCGGACAUCGUGGCCGGGGGCGAUGCUGCCACUCUGGAACACUACCACAAGAUCCUUUCGGCCAUGGACAAGGAGUCGUUCGGGAAGCGGAUGCAGGCCCUCCAGGAACAGCUCGGCAAGGACUACAGGCCAUCGUCCCGGGGAAGCCGGGGUCGUCGGAGCGGCCACGUCUCUUCCGCAACGGAGGACGAGAGCAGCUCGGUGACGGGCAAGAUACCGCAGACGGCAGUGGCUCAGCUCCAAGAGCAGCUCAACUCCAUCGGCAAACCACCGCUCGUCAAGAAGCGAGAGCCCAAGGUUGGCCGCAUCGGCAAGGACGAAUGGAACGUCAAGAUGCUCGAGGAACGGCUCAGGCAGCAGCAGAAGCGGCAGAAGGAGCCCAAAGUGGAGCCAGAGAAGCCGCAGAUCCUCCGCGACAUCUUCCAGAGCAAACGAAACGUCAUGGACGAGCGUCUCAAGGCAGACGGGAAGGAAACUGAGACCGACCGCGCCCGCUUCACGCACAUCGACGAGAGAUUGCAGCGGCUAGACCGGCAGUUGAAGGAAGGGUCACUCGACGUCGGCAAGCGAGGAUCAAACCGGGUGGCUGCCAUGGCGGACUAUAUCGCCAACGUCCUUGACGCCCAGACGGGCCUCCGGGAAAAAAGGCCACCCCCUCCACCACCUGUAGUUUUAUAUCGAAGUGACUCUGCUGAUGGGGCGAGAACGCCCCCUCCCAAAAGGCCGUUAGUUACGCAGCCACCUAUGUCGCCUGCCAAGCAGGCACUGACUUCGAAGCAGCCAGCACCGACUCCAACAACGGCUAAGUUGACGGAUAGUGGUGGGGAUGGUGUUGUCGGUGUUAGUGGUGUCGGUGGUUCAGUGAGUGAGAUAUGCUGCUUCUGUCACAAGCGUGUGUACCUCAUGGAGAGGUUAAGUGCUGAAGGGUUGUUUUUUCACCGCAACUGUUUCCGGUGCGAGUUCUGUCAGUGCAGCCUUCGGCUGGGUAACUAUGCGUACGACAGCACCAUUUCGUUCAAAGACGGCCAAACUGUUCCUCAGGAUGCAGUAGGCUCUGAAACGUUGGAUGCACCAGGCAAGUUCUACUGCACGGCACACUUUCGCAUGGAAAGGCCGAGCCAGCGAUGGCAGGAGAUGAUGAAGCGCAAGCAGGCAUUCCUCUCGGCCAAUCCCGAGCCACCAUCGUUAAUGCCUGCCAAGCCAGCCAACACAGAGGACAACAGCACGUUGCAUCGCAGACGUAGCCCUUCGCCGCCUCAUGGAGGAGCCGGAGAGGGCAUGGGAGAUCCCACAAUGAUGCAGGAAGUCCGGUCAACUCCCGCAGGCACUGACGCCGGUGUCGUAACAUUUCAGCCCAAGACCUAUAAGACUCCACGCCAGCUGUCGGCUGAAGAGAUGGCCACCCUGGUCGACGUGGACAGCACGCCCGAGCGAGUGGAGUUUGAGAACACGCUGGAGCUACUCUCUGAGGACGAGCUGCUCACGAGCGAGCUCGAGGAGGAGGAGCUCGCCCAGAAGAACCUCGGCGCUGUCGAAGUGCCAACCAGUGAUGACGAGUACUCGGACUACAGCUCCGACGAGGGCACUGACUCGGAGAGUCUAGUGGAGGAGAUCGAGCACUCGUUGAACCUGGACGACACUCGGCACAUGGCCGAGACCUGGCAGCGCAAGCACGCCUCCUCCCUGGACGUCGCCACUGGCACUCAGGACGAAAUGGGAUACGAGGUCGGCAAUGGCGUCGGGUUGACUCGAAGUCCCACAAAGUCGCCCGGAGCAGACGACGAAGAAGAGAGCGACGAGGAGGACGACGAAGAGACGAGCACGGAAGGUGAAGAAGAUUAUGAUGAAGGAGAGGAAGAAGGGGAUGAAGAGGAUGAGACUGAAACUGAAACUGGCGACGAAGAUGCAACGAGUCACGACGUGGACAGCGACGAGGAGUACAGCCCUCCUGACAUGUUCUCCGACGACGAACACGGAAGGGCAGCAUCAGCCCAAAUGUGUGAGAACGGCAAAGACAAUGUGGUCUCAGUACCGGUUCCCAUUCUCAACAUUGACAAGGGAGCAGGCGAACAAAAGGGCUCUACUGGAUCAGAUGACGAAUACAUAUCGGAUGAAGAAGGCAUUACGAUGAGUUCUUCCGACGUGUCAUCCGAGUCGGAGGAAGAACCCCCGCCUCCAAAACACGAGAUUCCCGUGAUUGUCAUCGACACCACGCCGGGGGAUCAGGACACCGAGCUUGACUGGGGUCCCAAAGAGGUGCGGGCUGCUUUGGGUCAUGUGGAUGAUGAUGCAUCGGAACCCGAAGCAGGCACAGUUGUUGAUGAAGCCUCACGUUUGGGCUCCAGUGCUGUGCCCAAGAGCCGGCUUAGUGAUGAGCAGAUGACACCCGUCGGUCCACAGUCCAGCGACAACAAGACAUCCAAUGACAACAAGACGUCCAGUGAUCAACUCUCCGUACAAAAGUCUUCAGGGCUGUCAAGGUCAGCCGAAAGCUUGGCAAAUGCCAGUGUCUCUUCAGGUUUGUCCUCUUCGUCCAACAUGGACAAGUUCUCGGAGCCCGUUCAUGCUGCUGGAGAGGUAGUUCCUGCCAUUGUGGAAAACCUGGAGUCGCCUUCUCUCACAGAUGUCUCCGAUGUAAGCACUGCAACGGCUCUGUCGAGCGCCACGACAUCUUCAAAGGCGGACCACUCGCCCGAGGAAGGCAAAUUAGGCUACGACCUCCUCGUGGAUCGUGGGGGCUCUAGUGGAAGCUCGGCAUUGCCAACUCCUGAAAGAGAGUUGGAGCCUACAUUCGAAUCGGAUGGUGAUGUCUCUUCCGAGUCGUCUGCAGUCAGAUUCGAAAGGCUGUCUGGCCGAGAGAGUGGAGCAAGCUCUUCGGUUGCCUCCUCAUCUCUUCGCUCGGAGUCAAGCAGGGGGGAUGGAAAGUCAUCGGGUGCAGACGAUUCGAGCUCCGAAGAGCAUGGGCCUCUUGUGCUGAGGGAACACUCCCCCGACAUCACUAAGACACCCUUCGAUGCCAGGGAAUGCGCGUCUCUAGGUCACAAGGUUGUUUCUAGGACCGCUUCUGGAGAACCAGAGCUGUCAGAAGGAACUCUUCUACAAGUCUCUAUGACUGCCCUGUCUGACCGCCCGGACUCGUCAGAAACGUCAACAACAGACACCAUUGAAGAAGCAACAGUCAUUCACCGCAAGGCACUUCAUGCAGACGACGGAGACACGUCUCCAACAGGAUCUUUACUUGAUCAGGUUACUCCUGGGGUUCACGUUGCUCAAUUCCUCGAAGGAAAGAGAGGAUGUGCCAUUGACAAUAUGGAGUUGGCGCAUCCUGUUACCUGCCUCAAUGAAGAGAGCUUAGAUGUCUUUCACUUACCUACAACAAAACCUCAAAGUCUAAUAGAAACAAAUGAUGUAGGAGCAGAUGAACAAGAAGCAAGUGCAAGAAGUAAAGGAGGUAGUGAGAAGGUAGCUGACAGAACAAAACUAGCCCUUGAUUUGAACAAAGAAGAACUACCAGAUCAAAAGCGUGUGACUGCCAGACAUUUCUGUCGCCACAAAGUGAUGUCACCGACUGAGGACACGACAUGUUCAGCGUCUAUCAGCGACCAGGAAGUAUUUCCGAGCGACUGCGACAAGCUUGCCACCUUUGAAGACCCUGUAGUGCCGUCUCCCAUUCCGCAUCCCGUUCCUAGGGAGCUACUGCAUGCCCCUAUCGCGAGCAUGAGUGAUGAAGAUGAUCUCACGGCAUCUGAUCUCAGCAGGAGAGGACUGCAGCAAAACAGAUCAGAGCCUUCAGUGUCAAAGAAGACUCUUCUAGAAACAAUGAAAGAGGUCCAGGAGGCGUUGGGUCCCCCAGUCGCUGCUGCAACGCCCGUGGGCCAGCAAAGUGAUGGAGACGACUUCACAGUCUCCGAGUGGGCUAGAGAAGGUGGUGACAAAGAGUCUCUGUCCGUCGUUGAAGACCUCAAGGCAGAAUUCAGUUUCGACGACAGGAACGUUACUCGCAGGCGCAGGAGAAGAAGAGUUUCAUCUGGUAACAGGGAAAAUGCAGAAACUGUAGAGGCUGUGAAUGUUGAGCACCUGAAAACAAGCCAGGAAGCGCUGCAUGAGCGCCUCACAGAGCCUUCUCAACCCCUCGACACUGCCUUAACCGCAGUCACUGGGAGCCAGGACGUGAAAACUAGUUUACAAGUUGAUACAACUGUUGCAGAGGUAUCUAGACAUAACAAAGGCCACUCGCCCAUUCGUGAACCGCCCAGGUAUCAAGGUUAUGGCGGUUCGUUUGUGGAAAAGGUUCGUAGCCGCUCGAGUGAAGGCACUGGCGCUGGAAGUGGUGAGCUCCAGGUGCCCUCGGGGGAUGUCAUCUACCUCAGGUCUCUUAACAUCAACUUGCAGAGACUCGACUUCCCCUCGAUCCGCUCCUCGUCCCCCAGCAGCCGCGGAUCCUGUGAAGAGCUGGACUUGGACCGCGGUCUUACCACGGUCGGAGGGACAGGGCAGGCAGCACAGAACAAUCAACCUCCCUUGGCACGUUCAGCGCCUGUGAAGAUCGAGAGACCUGUAAAAAGUGCGGAUCCGCGGAUUCGUGUUAGGCCUAAUCAAUUUCCAGAGAGCUUCCCUGUGUCGACAUCAACGCCGCUGCGUCCUUGUGCCGACCCGGUGACGGCCAUGCUGAUGAGCCGAAGAGAACUUGCUCGCAAGAGCGUGCACGAAGACAUACAGAACUUGCCUUACUUUGACAGUCUCAGUCUGGCCGGUGACUUUGAUGAGUUCAGGACGCCACCCGAGGCCAAUACACCCACCGAGACUUUCGGAACACCUCCAACCUCGCGUCCCGGUUACCUUUCAGCACUGCACGCUGCCACCGACCCCGAACGGGAACGAGCGAGGCGCGAAGCCCGUGAACGUGCUAGGCUAAAAAGUGAUGAGGAGCUAGGUCUGAGCCCAUGCAGUUACCGGAAAAAGUACGCACGCACACCGGCUUUUGACGAGAUUACGCUUACCGACCUCCUGGACCAAGAAGAUGAGACAUUCAAUGCACUAGAUGACAGGUCAUCACUGCGUAGUUUCAGCACAGCUCAACACAGACUGGCACAGUUUGAAGAUGACGAAUUUGGAGGGGGCCUGGACGACAACGGCAACGAUUCCACCACACCAGUUGCGUCACCGGCUAGAUCUACGGACGAUCUCGACGGGAUCGAUGACGUGGUUGUGGGUGGCAUAACACUCAUGGAUCCAUACCAAAUCCGGGCCGACGUCUGGAAGCCCAAACCACCAAAGCCUAAGCGACGCCUGUUUGCCAGGAAUGAGGAUGACGACCGAAAGACCGUACCAUCUCCAGCCGCAUCAACAACUAAGAGAAACCUCUUGUCUUUCCUGGGCUUAACCGAAAACAGUGCAGGCGACAGCUCGGCAGCAACGACAAAAGAAAAAAAGGAGAGCUACAAUCGUGAAAAGGCGGCCAAAGAUGUCGCCGAGAACGAAAGGACAAAGAGCUUUUCCAGGUUGAGGCUGUCCAAGACGCCGCGGCCCGAAAAGUCCUCUUCGCCAAAGAAAGCUCCGGCAGCGAAGUCUGACAGUGCGCCUUGCUCAACAGAGAGAGUCAACGCCUCUCCCGAGCCUGCCGUUCCCAGAGCAGCUGGCGCCACCUCGUCGGUGUCCAGGCAGAACUCGCACCAACAAACUCGACCCGUUGUUCGGGAGGAGAUGAAGAAGCACAUCAGCCUGGACAAUCUCAAGUCGCAGCCGAUGCAGCUGCCGGCAAAGAGCAGGAGCAUCGAGUUUGGCAUCAUGACAGCACCGAGAGCCACAGGCGAAGAAGACGGUUUUGCGGACUCCGACGACCGGGACCUCGAUGGAGGUGCUGAAGCUGGUGGGACCAGUGACAAAAGGGCCAAGGCCAUCGAUCCACGGAAGCUUGAGCGGCUGACGCUGCGGGUUCAGCGUCAGCAAGAGCGGAAGCGACAGCGGACGGCCCAGGAGCUCCAGCGGCGACUCGAGGAGAUCGAAGUGAGCCUGCGCUCCCUGGAGCAUCGGGGUGUCCUCGUGGAGCGAGCGCUCCGUGGCGAAGAGGACGACGACGAAGAUCUUCAGGCAGAAGAGAAGGACCUGACGCAAGUGCUGUUUCGGUUGAUGAGGCAAAAGAACAAGUUAUCCAGGGAGGAGCAAGAACUGCUGAUAAGGGUCAAGGACCUGGAACUAGAGGACCAACAGUCAAAACUUCAGCAGGAGAUGCGGGAACGCAUGGCCAUUGAUGACUCGGAAAAGUCUCCACGAGACAUUGAAAAGGAGCGAGAGAUUCUCAAUGAGAUGCUGGAAAUUGUGGAGAAGCGGGACCGGCUAGUGGCCCAGAUGGACCAGCUCAGGAUACGGGAAGAAACCGAGGAGAAGGAGCUCGCUGCCCGCAUACUGACGCAAGGGGCUACUUGAGAGCGACUAUUCCUAGGUACCCCCAGUCAAUAGGCGACGCCACCCUGGCCGCCCGAAAAACAAGCCGCGUUUUGCCGAGUCAUCGCAGGCUUUGCCAUCGUUCAGCCCGGCCCACUUAGCAUUUUGCCAUUGUUGCUCACUUGUUUCUUGCCACUAGUGAACCUUGCCUAGGCUACUCACCCAAAGAAGGGCACCCGCUUUGCCAAUCGGCCUGCCGACGUGACGCCACCGCAUGACCCAACAUGUUGCCGCGGUUUUGCCAACGUGAUGAGGCACUGUACGACCUGUUGCAGAUGUGUUUGACCCACUGCCGAUGUGAUCGCAGCGAGUCUUUGAGGUGUUGCUUUAUAAGAGGAAGAUUUGCCUUGUAUGCAGCAUUGAUUCUCGUGUGAGUUUUCAACGAGAAAUAGAGAAAUGUUCUUUCAUUUUUUUAACGAAAGUUUCAUGCAUAAGUUCACGUAACAGGCACCUAAUUUAAAGCUUCCACUGAAACGUGACUGAAGUUUGUGCCGUUCGCUUUUGAAACGAUCAGGUUGCUAAAUAUUUUGCUGGUACAUUUAGCAACGCACCAAAUCGCAAGUUGCUAACCAUUUGUAUGAUAUAUAGUGCUACCUUUUUGUAGUUAUGACAUGUCUUUUAAAAGAGAGCCAGAAUUGUAGCUCAUUUACAGCUUUAUGUGUUGUUAUUAAUGAGCCUGUGUAAGCAAAACUGUGUGAGAUACAGAAAAUACAGUCAAAAAUUGAAAACAUACCUGCUAGUUUACAACUCGCAUUAGUUACGUGAUAAACCGUGUUCAUUAUAGAGUUCUACUCAUGCCGCAUUUAAGGACAUAUUGCACAGUAAGGUGUAGAAAUCUUGCCCACUUGAAAUUCUCUUUCAAGUGCAGUGUAUAGGAUUUUGGUACUCGGUUUCGAUGCCAGUAUAGCGCAUUUCUUGUUGUUGUUCAUUUGGAAAACAUUGUUUCAAGGUUGUCUUUAAUGCUGUGGUUUUUUGGGCAGCUGUUUUAAAAGAUUUAUGGUUUUAAGUGAAUGUCUUGAAUCUAUGGGUUUAUUAGAGCUUUCGGUCUUUGAUAAAUGAAAUAAUAUUUUAUCGUAAUUAGUUGAGCACUCGUUGGGCAAAAGCAUUUUAUUCUGUUUGUACAUGUGCAGAAGAAGGUAAAAAUUGAAAGUUUUUUCCUAAGAAGCGCUGUUUUACGAAGGAGCUGGUGUUCUGACGUUUUCUGACAUUUUCUGUCGUCAUGCUUCUGCAGUUACGUCAGGCUUCUGGAGAAUUCAUUCACACGCCAGUUUCAUUCUGGUUGUGCUACUAGCGUGCUAAAUGUGGGUUUAGCUGUGGUUAGUGCGCACACUUGUGAUGAACUUGCUGCGACUAGUGCAUUUUUUGUGAUUUUUUUCGUUUUUAGUUCUUCUAGAGAAGUGUAGUGUAAUGUACACAAGCGAACAAAAAAUGAUUUGGAAUUUUGAUGGCCGUCAGCGGUCUGCUUUAGUGCAUUCCUCGACAUUCUUUUAACUCUUUAUGUCAGCAGCACGAAGGACUGUCUGAUGCUCACACGUGAGCAGCCAGAUAACGUGCCAAAUCAAUCUGCGACAGGUUCUGCUGCUUGAGAUUAAAUUUUUUGUGGAGAACAUGUACCAAUGUGUACGAAAAGGUGCUUACCGUAUAGUUUACUUGUAAUUUUGGCAGCUUGAGAACUGUCAUGUCUGUAGUGAGCAUCCAUGCAGUGAUACUACACUGUGGUGAAGUUUGCCUUGUGCAACGAUUUCCAUUUAUGCUUUGUCAAUAAGAAAAAGAAAAAAAUUGCGUGAAUGCUACGUCUGUGACAUUUUUGCAUCCUGUUGUAUUGUCGAUGAAUCCUCUGGUAACUCACCAAAUGAAAAAUUUUCACAGGUUGUUUUUUCUGGGGGGGGAGGGGAAGGGGUAGGCAGAUUGGAAGGGCGGGUUUUCGAUCAGAUUUCCUAUUUGUUUUUCAGAGGACGAUUGAAAUGUUUUUUGACAAAAUCACUAUAGUACACAAAAAUAUGAAUAUAUUGCAGUACCUAAAAAAAAUUCUAGUGCAAAAAAAAAGUUGCCCAGAGAUUUGUGUUGCUGAGCAGCUGUUUUUAAUAUUGAUAAUGGCAUGCAAAGCUUGGAGGGGACUAAGACUGAGUAAUAAGAAGAAAGGACAGUUAAACAAUAUCACUUGUUAGGCUAUGUAUUGUGUGACUAAUUAGUACAGUAGUCCUAUAAACUGCUUAUAAAGCCCAAUUGCAUUUUGGUUAACUGAGGUAAUUAGCAGCUGAUUUCGUUCGAUAGAUGCUAUGAGGCAGCGACAUUUACAGACAAGCAAUGAAAUGAAUUUCGAAGCAUAUGAGCAUUUUAAUUGAGUACACAAAGCUUGGUUGGUUGACAAUGUGUUAGUGUGAGAAUUUGUUUUUCUAACUGCUGUGUUCUGUGCGACAACUGACCUUGUUUCUUGCAAGCUGUUCUGUGUUACAAUAUGGUCAAUAAAUAUUUGUUAGCAAGACAACAUAGUCUUGCACAGCGCAGGUACGGCUAAUUGGAGACAGAGGGCUGUGGCCAAUUAAAAGCUGCUAUCUGAGAAGGAAGCAGUAGAUAACGAUCACCAUAGCUACCAACUAAUGCCAUACAGCUAUAGCUUCGCAUUCAUUUUUAUUUACUACUUAAUGCUUCAGUCACCACACUGUCAAUACCUUGCCAAUACGUCAGUGUCAAACAUAAGCAAAACAAUUUUUAAAUUGUGCAAUCGCGCAUGUUUAUCCACGUAUCUGUACAUUACAAGGAAACGCAUUGAGUGCGCUAGCGGGUUCAUGUCUGUGCCCUAGAUACCACCAGGUGGCUUAGUGAAAAACAGAAGUUUAAAAAUUUUGUAAUGAGGUAUGCAAGCUGUGGAUCAGGAAUACACUCAAAUCUCAUUAUAACAAAGUUGCAUCUUACUCGAAAAUAAGUUUUUAUUUCUGAAAAUUUGUUAUAAACGAAUAUUCUAACACUAUUACACAUUUACAUUGUUAUAACCAAUAUUUCGUUAUAUCCAGGUUUGUUAUAUUGCUGGUUUGAGUGUAACAGUGUAAUGUGGAAAUUAUACCAUCACUGCAUAAGCUAAAUGCAUUGUUGAGUGUAUUGAAAGUCUGCGGCGAGAUCAGAAUCCCAAAAAGAAUAGCUGUUCUCUUACCUGGUAAGCAAGUGACUGCAAUGGUUUGAAGGCAUUAAGAAGGUAGCUGCUAAGUCGUGAAUCAGACCAGUGGCUCGUUUAUUAUAGCAUGCAUACUAGGUCACACUAUUGCUGUUCGAUGACAUUCUAAAGAGAACGUAGAAACUCUUCAAAAAGCGUGUGUGUCACUGCAGAUGUGUUUCAAGAUACAAGUUCUGAUUUGUUGGCUUCCUAGAUGGCUGCAGAUGCACAAAUCCAAUGUGUGUGCCGUUCGGUAUGACUAUCAACAAAGUAAAACUCAACCACCACACGUUUGCGCCUUCGCCUCCCUGACCCGGGAAGUUAGGUUGUGGGUAAUAUAAUUGAGGUUUUCCACUCGGUGCUUAGUUCAAAUUACGUUUGCACAAUUUAAAAGUUAACUGAUGGCCAAUCAAUUCAACUAUUAUGCCUGUCAAAAUAGUCCGGAAUCGAAUGAACCAAAGGGCAAUUUUAAUUUUGCAUAUCUUAUGGGGCGUGCCACAAACACACAAUAUAACAUAUGUUCACUUUAUAAUGUACACGUUAAUUUACCAACCGUAAGUUCAGACACACAACCGUAAGUUAUUGCACAUUCUGGGUUAACAUAUUUGUUCGGCAAGAUGUGUGUAGGUUGGUGAUCGUUGUACAGCAUAGUUGAGAUUUCCUUAUGUGGGCAUUUUUAGAGCUCUAGGCGAACAAUUUGUGCGGCCUGUUUAUUGUACUUUCGUUAUUUGUGUCUCUGUGUUGCAUUCUUUAUGUGCGUUUUAGUGCCUUAGGUGUUUUGUUGCCAAGUCUUCUCCUUGUGGCUGUGUAGAUUUUAUACGUGGUACUUCUAGACGUCAUGACCGCUGCUCCAGUGCCACUGAAAAGUUCUUACUCUGGUUUGAAACAGUAGCACCACCAGAUAAGAAACAAAAGAACAAAAGGAACACUUAAAUCUUCACGUUCAGUGUCGCCGCUAACAAUGCAUGCCUUCAUCUGUGAUGGUGAUACGAUUAAUGUAGAGUUAUGGUUGUGCAACCACAUAAUUACAGCUUUGCACGCUUAGUCUUGUUGCGAGCCGAGAAGCUGCCAUUUAUUAUUAGGGUGUUGCAGUGUCAGGGAAGUACACUUACUCAUUUGGGAACUGCCGAGCUUUUAGCAGGAGGUUCGUUAGACCACGUAACACAUUCCGUAUCGGAAGAAACAUGCUUAUUGUGACACAGGGAGUCUGCUAAGAAACGCACAGCUCAAAGGACAAAUAUGAUGACGUCAGCAGUUUCUACGUCUCGCUGGUUUGCUUUUAGCGUAAUGCCAGUAUUAGUGCCAGUGGCUCUCUUACGAAUGUCUUAACCUUGCAACCGUACUAUCGGGUAAACUAGAACUCUGUUACUGCAGCACCAUCUGCGAGCACAUCGUUCAGUUGAACAGGCAGCGUAUUCAAAAUCCUCAGCUGUCCUUGACAUUCUUGCCUGGUGCCGUGUUUUCACGCAGUGGUGCAGGUAGCAUUACAUGGCGGCUAGGGAAUGUAUUAAGCAGUGCUGAAGCGUUUUCGAUUGAAAAGCAUGCAUACAAGGUGUCGUUGCUAAAUCGCAGAUUUAUCUCGCGCUCGUUUUCAAACGAGCUUCACGGUUGGUGCGUUUGAGAGAUUGUAAGCUUGGGCGAAACCAUCGAAAAUGUGAGCGAAAUGGAGGUGGGUGUUCAAUGAGCUGGAAGGACGUAUAUAUGCUUAGUCAGCCCUGCAGUAAUGUUUUGACUUGUGGUGAAGGUUGCAAAAUGGCAAGAUUAUUUGCUGUCGUUACUAUACCACAAAGCCUACAGUGUUACGUGCACGUGUGAUGGUCACUGGCUUCUCGUCACAGACAAGUGACAUGGUGUUUCUUAACGGGAUAUAAAGAACGGACAUUUCCCUUGCGAAGUUUGCCCCUGCAAGUGCUGUACGGUUUUAACGCCAGGGCAUCGAACCAGUUCGUGACAGGUGGCUUACCGUAUGCGGCAAGUACAGCUUACGCCCGCUACUGCUGAUGCACUUACUCCGCAGCGUUUCACGAGAUAAAAUGCAUUGCUGGGCGAGCUGGUGCAUUGUCUAAAAAUAAAAUUUGAGCACAGAAAAGGACGAGACAUAGGAGACAAGUAGACAAGAACGGGUGCUCGUUUCUGUCUACUUGUUAGUUCUUGGCUUCUUGUCAGCCGCUUUUUUCGUGCUCUACUUAUAUUAUUAUUAUUUGUUUUACGAGAUGAAGCAAGUAGAACUUUGUACAUACAUGCGAGGUCCCGGCAAUGCGCAGCCCCCUGUGUAGCUUCCGCGAGCCUUGAUCAAAGGUACAUCCACAGCGCGCUUUGACUUGUGCGCCUUGCGCAUGCCCAUAGGUUGUAAAGUAUUCGGAGUGGCCAGUACUCCUUAGCCAAUGCUUGCUUGCCUGCCGAGCAAGCUAGGUUGUUCAAUGCCACGUUGCUUUCUGGCAUUAGUCUCCAGAUUUCGGUCUGCCCACGUGACCCUCCACUAGGAAACAUAUUUGCCGUUGAUGCAUGCACAAUGGCCUCUCACUUCGCCACUAGGGGAGUUAACACGUGUUAGUGUAAUAUUGGAGAGAGCUAAACUAGCCCAUUUUGUGCAGAGUGUAUGUGCAUGUAUGUGUGCUUAGAUGAGGCUUGUGCGAAAAAGAAGAUUGUUAGGCCACGUUUUCUUUUCCCCCUGCACUGUGGUGACAGUUUUUGCCCAAGCAACGGUGAUUUUGCGGCCGGCAGCUUAUGCAAUGUAGUAACGUGCAAAAAACUGAGCAGCUGUACGCAGCUUGUCGUGUGAACGCUUUACGAACUGCUCGUUUUUCACACGGCUGAUGUUCUAAUGGUUUCCGACCAUUCUUUGUUGUAAACUUUCUUCUUUUCUUUUUGCAUCGCACGGACCUGUACAGGAGCAGUGCCUGCGUGUAACAUUGCUGCGACUUUGCUUUCGUUGGUGAAGAAGGUUUCAGUGGCAGCAGCAGAAAUGUUCUGUAAUUUAAGGCCAAGGGGCUUAUAGAGCUAUUGACUUUUUCCUGUAAACACCUUUAUCCACGUUUCAAUAAAAUGAGACUUGAAAACCAACAAA